UGAGAAAAUGGACGAUAGUUUGUACAAUCUCUUUGUUUCUGAUGAAUACAGCCUCAAAGAUAUCUACUAUUCAUGGUGGCAGCUAUUCCAGCGACAGAAAGAUGCUGGCACUUUGCGCAUACUACAGCUUUUUACCGAUAUGACCGGCUUUGGUUACAGUUUAGAGGCCGCAGAUUUGCAGUUAUUAAGCGAAGAUGCUAAUCAUUUACUCGCGGAGAAAAUAUUCAAAGCGCCAUUGGAGAGAGUGAACAUUUUGGAGAAUAGAACAUUUUUAGGCAACUUUGAUAAAUUCUUGCAAUUUGCAAUCGCGCACGAAUGGAAGCAAUUGAUGCGCGACAACGACUGGUUCAACAAGAGCGUAAUGUUCGUCGUCGCGCUUGCCAAUAGCGAUUGUGACGAAUGUGUAAUGAUGGGAUCAUUGAUUGCUACGCACUUUCUUCCAAAUCUAUGCAUGGCGCGGGUUAGAUUGGUGGACGAUAUUGCACGGGUUAGCUGCUGGAGAGAUAACCAGCGUAAAAGUUCACUGCAAAAGAAAGAGAACUACAUUGAUCAAAUUUGCCAAGUCCUGAUACCGGACAUUAAGCAUGGAUUAAAAUAUUUGACUGUGGCGAACCAUAUAAUGGAAAAAAAUUUCGAAACCAUCGUAGCGUUCCCGGAAUUAAUGAUAAUAACAUACGAUCAGCUGGAACUGAUCAGUGCUGGUUUGCAAUGGAAGAAUGCGAAGGUUGUUCAUACUGCGUUGAAAUGCCUGACAGUCUUGAUGGUUGAUUUACACAGCCCAAAAACGAAAGAAGCGGUAGCAUUGUUUAUUCUAAAGGUGGAAACUCAGCUAACACGUACAAUGGAUGAAUUCAAAGCAACGGAUUUGAAAAUUUUGACCUUAUUUUUUGAAGCCCUGAGCGUUGUGAGUAAUAUGCUUUUGCGAGCGGAUACGGAAGAACGAAUCGUUCGAAAAAUGUUUAGCGCUAACGAAAAUGUAGUAAAUUUAGCAAUCGAUCUACACGGAAUGUAUUGCGCCUCUGUUAAACUGCCGGGCGAGGUAGAACCAAGUGCGCUCAUAGCAAUAUUGGACGUGUUUGAGCGAUUUGAUUAUCCGCUAGGGUCAUUCAAUGCAGUAAUUAAAAAGCUAUGGGUGAAGGGGUUCUUCCGUAAGUUUGAUGAUUUGUUUAAGAUACUAUCGGAGGCUAAGACACGGUCAAAUGCCACCUUUAUCACCAACCGCACAGCGCAUGUGAUCAACUACUGCCACCAGCUAUUAUUGGACGACAUUAGGACGAAGAUUUCACCUUCGUUUUAUGCAUACGAUACAGUUGAUUGGGUCGUUAUACGUAAACGCUUGGAUAGCUUCAUGAAAGGUUAUUCGAACUGUUUGAAUGAAGCCUCAAGCACACCUAAUGCUUACAUUUUGCUAUUAAACUGUCUGAAUCCGGAAAACAAGGAGCUGUACCGUUUGCUUGAAGUAGACUGUGAAGGAUACCACGUGGAAGUUUUGUUCGAAAUUCUCUCAAACAUAGCAAUGAACGGAACUUGCUACACGGUGCUUUUUCACACACUGACAACCAUCAACAGCUUCGACACCAUUGCUCAUAUUACCGAAGAUAUUUGGAACCAAUUAACCGAGAAAUACUACACCUUCUUCUUUCACACGCGCAGCCGUUUGAGGAGCUACAAUUUGGGUAUUGAUAUGAAGUUGAUGGAAUUGUACACCACGGCCAUAACACGGCUCUGUGUGCUCAUUGAGAUAAAUAACACGUCCGAGGAUGUUUUAACGCUUGCUGAAUAUUUGGCAAACGAUCUACGACUUUUGGAGAAGAUGAAGCUCUCCAAUGAUUCGAAAGGCAUCUUUUAUAGGCUAUACAAAAAUGCAUUGUAUGCCGUCGUAAAAUGUUACCUGGAAGAACCAUAUAAGGAACGUCCUGAGAUAAAAUUCGAACAGCUCGGUAAACGAGUGCAAGAAUUUAUGACCAAAUUGGCUGAACAGUUGAAUACUAGCGACUGUUCGUUUGCUGUUGCAAGCCACGUUACGAAUGCUUUUUGCAAUAUGCUAAUCUUGACGCAGGAACCAUACACCAGUUUACUACCGGUUCCCUUAAAGGUGAUCACGUACCACAUUGAGCCAGAGAUAUUACAGCAGCUUGCUAAGUACAUAGAACGUCACGUGUUCGUCAAGAAGGCAGCAGCAGAUGAGAACACCAAUUGUCUGUUGACGAGGAAGCUUAUGCUCGAAACAUACAAUAGUAUAUUUGAGUUGCAUGACGCAUUACCACAACGGACGGAUACAUAUCGUAUAUUGAAAUAUUACGAAGAAAACAAUCCGUUCGCCGAAGAACAGGAACAGCUCUUAAACGUAUUGUUUACGAAUGAUUCGAUCGCAUUUAACACUAUUGUUGCACAAGUAGUUGCUGAAUUUUGUAAAAAAUCCAACUUUUAUGCCAAAGUGAAGAAGUUUAUGUGCAGCCUGCAUCAUUUUCAAGUAAAAUGCUUAUCGGAGGAUGAAGAAGGAUAUUUCUCAUUGAAUGUCAUACAACGUAUUGUCGAUCUAAUUUUGACGGAAAUUGAUGCUGGAAAUAGUAUUCAACGUAGCGAAACUAAACUGCUGAAACUGUUUGAUUUACUGAUUCCAUGGGUUAUAAAAAUGCCUUCGAUAUGCCGCAAUGAGCUGUAUGAAUUUAUACGACAUCAUGAAAAUUAUCCAAAUCUCACGGAGGCACAUUCGGUUGUGCGCACUGAUUUACUUCGAUUCCUAAAAUCAGUCAAGAAACAAUAAUAGCUCAGUUAUAAGGAAACCCGUACAAUGGCGGUAAUGAUUUAAAAAUGGUUUCUUUGAGUGCUGAAAAGUUAGGAAUAGAAGAAAUCGUCUCGAUUUUGAUGUUUUUUCAACUCAUAAUAUUUAGAAAUAACUUUGGUAAUAAUAUUUGUCUAUAAAAUACUGAAAUUUGA